GAAAAACCGGUUAGCUUUCAGUAAAUGUAAUCUGUGAAAAAAAAGAACAGCAGGUUCAAAAUCUAAUAUUGCUACAAACUUUAAGAAGAAACAUCUCAAUAAUGGAUCUCCACCAAAACUUUUGGCUGCUCCUUACUCUAUUUGGUUCAUCUUUGGCAGAUAUUACGACGUACGUUCCACAGCUCACCCUCAAACCAAUUCAUGGCAAAGUAACAGCCACAACAUUUGCAUUAGAGCAGCCUCAGUGUAUAUUUAAUGGCUUUCUUGAUAAAGAAAUUUGGUUAGUUGUAGCUAAUAAAUCUGCUGUAAAAGGAAUAACUGAUGCAAAUCUGAGAGUUCCGGUACCUUAUUCUUCAUUACAAAGUAAUGGAUACUAUCAUACAAUCAAAUCUAUUGGAAGUGAUUACCCAUGCAGUAAUGAUCAGCUUAUAUUUAAAUCUAUGCGUGUUGGUGCCGAGGCAGCUUGCUCAGAUGAUUCAUUUUGCAAUGGCCCCUUGAAUAUUCCUGGAGCUUACAGAGUGAAAUUUGUUGUGCUGAAUGGAAAUACAUUGCUCGGCCAGACACUUUGGUCUAGCUCGAUAACUCUAAACACAGCUAAGAGCUCAGAUGUAAUUGACGCUUGGCCAGGAAGACGCAGCGGAGGCAUGAUUGUCAUUACCAGCAUUCUCUCAAUCCUUAUUGGUCUUUUAUUGGCCAGUUUGGUUGCUGCUAUUGUCUAUGGAAGCAAAGCCUUAAUUGGGGUUACGAAAACAGAAAAGAAGCAAGAACCUGACAAAGAAGUAAUUGGUUUGAGGAAAUACACAACUCACCACUCGUACAGUGGAGCAUCAAAGGAAGGAUCACCUUUAGAUGCAGAAAAAGUGUAGAUAAUCAGUUGGUGUUUUUAAAGCCUUAUUUAAAAGUGCCAGAGAAAUCAAAUUAAACCAGAGUACAAAAAGUUCUAAGCACCAUAUAAUAAAACUCAAUUCUUCUUUAUUUCAGCAUCCAGAUAGAACAAACUGCAACGUUUUGGCCAUCUUGACCUUAAUCAUGAAUGCAAGAUGGCCGAUAUGUUGAUGUUUAUUUUAUUUGGAUGCUGAAAUAAAGAAGAAUUGAGUUUUAUUAUAUGAGGCUGAGGACUUUUUGUGGUUUGACACAGGGGUAAGCAGUGACCUUUCCUUCGUGCACCUCAAAACCGCUUGGAAAUAUUUUAUCCUAUUUUUUGCUGAGCCCAGUAUAUGAAUAGGGAAAUCAUAUUACAAAUUAAAGCACGGUCAUCUGUUUUAUAUUAUUUUUAUUACACUGAAAAACAUUUUUAUAAUUCCAGUGAUGACCUUUAUAGAAAAUAUUCUUUAAUAUUUAGUCAAAUUAAUGUAAAUGAAUACAUAAAUGUUUAAAAAUUGUCAAGAUCUGAUGCGCAGUUUCUUAUGCCUAAUGGGGAUGUUUUGUAUUAAACGAUUGAUUUUUUUUUUUUUCUUAGAUAAGUUUUCAUUUCUAUCUCUUUCAUGUAUCCAACUUUCUGCAUUGAAAGGGACUUCAAAUAAAAUAAAACAAUGUGCUCUUCUAUUUCCAACAAUAUUAUUGAGAAAAUAUUUCCUUUCUUGUACUCUUCUAGUAAGAGAAAUGAGAACAGUUUACUUGCUAAACUAGUUGAGUAAAAAGAGAAUGGUGCAUUAUUAUUUUUUGUAUGAUUUGCUCACUCACAUUAACCUGACUUAUUUAUGUUGGAUUGCUGGUUAUACACCUGCUCUAUAUUUGGAUAUUCCUGAACUCUUAUGAUCCUACCUAUGUUUACUCUUAAACAAAGGAUACCAAUACAACAAAGCAGAUUUCAUCAUAGAAAUUUAUUGGAAAGCUGUUUAAAAUUACAUGCUGUAUCGAAAUCAUGAUAGUUUAAUUUUGAAUUUACUGUCCCAUUAAAUAUUAUUCUUGUAUUUUAAUGAGGAUGGAGUGGAAACUCUUCAAUGCACAUUAUUUGACAGGAAAAUAAUAAGUAUUUCUGCCUCUUGAGUUUUUAGAAAGUCUUCCUGGGAAUUAGUAAGAAAACGGCUUCCCAGAACAAGAUCUGAGUAAUAGUAAUCUCAAAAUUUAAAUAUCACCAUUUAUUGUAGCUAUAGAAUUGCUGCCGCCACAAACGUUAGUAAAUAGAGAUUUAGUGAGAAUGGCUUUUGAGAUUCACUGUACCUCCUUCUGUAAAACAUUGGAAUCUUAAAAAAAAAAGUUUGCCAUAAUGACUUAAAGGGACAUUAAAGAAAAAAUGAACUCAAAAUGAAAUUCCCCUACAAAAUAUUUAAUUAUGCAUAAUGAAUACACUUUUAUUCAUUCUGCCCCCUUUUCCUUUAAUUUAAAUCUAAAACUGUUUUACUCCCCUAAAGCUGGAGUGCAUUUUGUAAAACUCUGAACUCUAUUCUCAAUGGUGCACAGUGGUUGCUUGAUACGUACAGAAGUUAAUUCAUAUCUGUCCUUAAUAAGUCACAGAAAAAAGGAUAAGAUAAACAAAAUAGAAACUAGAAACUUUUCAAGGAGUGUGUACCUGGGUUGCAAACCAAUGCAAAUUUUGCAAACAUGACAAACAUUUUUUUUUAUUCUUUUAGAGCAGUCACUUUGUAUGUAAAUCUUUUACAAUGAAGUAAUUGAUUUCUGAUAUACAUAUAAAACGAUUUAAAGGGACAGUCUACACCAGAAUUGUUAUUGUUUUAAAAGAUAGAUAAUCCCUUGUUUAACCAUUCCCUAGUUUUGCAUAACCAACACAGUUAUAUUUCUAUAUAUUUUACCUCUGUGAUUAUCUUGUAUCUAAGCCUCUGCAGACUGCCCCUUUAUUUCAGUUCUUUGACAGACUUGCAGUGUAGCCAAACAGUGAUGGCUCCCAGGUAACUUCACGUGCACGAGCACAGUGUUAUCUAUAUGAAAAACAUGAACUAACACCCUCUAGUGGUGAAAAACCUGUUAAAAUGCAUUCUUAAGAGGCGGCCUUCAAGGUCUAAGAAAUUAGCAUAUGAACCUCCUAGGUUAAGCUUUCAACUAAGAAUACCAAGAGAACAAAGAAAAAUUGGUGAUAAAAGUAAAUUGGAAAAUUGUUUAAAAUUACAUGCCCUAUCUGAAUCAUGAAAGUUUUUUUUGGACUAGACUGUCCCUUUAAUGUCCCUUUGACAGCUCGAAUAUACAGCAAUGUACCACUUGUGCUAUCAUAAAAGUAACUAUAUUUAAAGGCAAUGGAAAAAAAAAGACUCUAAAAAGUUUGCUUAUUACUGUGAAAGGGAGAAACAGUGCUAAAAUCCACACUGUGCAAAAGAAAGUGUUCCCUUUCUUUUGCACAGUGCAUAUUUUAGCACUGUUUCUCCCUUUCGCUGUAUUAAGCAUAUUUCUUAAAGGGUCUGCACCAUGAAUAUAUCAUAUGUAAUACUUUCUAGGAGGUAUUGAUCUAUUUGUAUGCUGCUACCUUAGUGGAAAGAUCUAAAGAGUUUGUUACGCUUUUACAAACCUUGAUUAAAGUACAUUACCUGCUAGGGACAAAGGAAUGAAUGAAAUAAUAUGCUUUACACUGUGCAAUUAAAAUUCUCACUUUUAAGAGCUAUUGUACUAGCCAAUUUGCAAUAAUAAACAUAACAUACUUAAUAGCUAUAAUUAGGAAUUAAAUACAUAGCAAAUAAUGACAAAUGUAAAUAGAAUUUUCAUGCAUAAAACUUUGUUUUCCUUUUAGUUCUGAUCAUAUUGUAUUUCCAGUGUAACUAUAUACUGUAUACUGUUGAUGUGUUUUUUUUAUUGUGUGGAUCAUUCAUGCAAUGCUCAGGGACAAUUAGUGAUUCACUGGUAGGGUAUGUUUCACAACUAAGCAGUCAUUUACUAGACAGCCUGCUAAAAUACUGGACUGUCCUGUUAAAUAUGAGAAACCUGACAACCCAGUUGACUGGACAUAGAGAGAAGGAAAAUGUUAGUUGGAAAACAUGUAAAUGGCAUUGCAGAAAGCUCUAUUCUCUUGUCAGUAUUAGACAGGAAAUAGAUGUACAGUAAUUGUAACCAGGGGUCAAGUCCAGCAGAAAAGCAUGGGAACAGAGUUCCUGCACUAUUUUUGCAGGAGGAACUAAGUUUCCCCUGGACAGAGAACCGAAAUGCUUCAGUAAAAACUGCUACUGAUGGUGGGAGGAACUGGAACACAGUCUGGUUAGAGAGAUAGUGAGAUCCUCUAGUAAUGUACAGUAACACUUCCUAUGAAAUAAUACAUGUAAGCCUGUGUGUCAGAGGUCCUGUUGUGUGAUCACCACGCACUGUGUGGAACUCAUGGUGCUUACAUUUCUGUGAGGCUGCUCUCGGGUUAUUAAGCUCCCCUCAGCAGAAAUAGGACUAUUGCACCUUAAGUUGGUGAGACCCUGUCUGUGACAGAGUUGGAGACUCAGGCCCAAAGGUCAACCAUUCAACCCUUCAUUGGUUUUAACUGGCUUUCAUUAAUCAAAAUUUAUAUAUUUUAUACAUAUAAAUACAGUGUGUCUGUGUGUGUGAGGGGAUGGAAGUCUUGGUGAGUUCCCACACUUUUUUUGUAGGACUUGAUCCCUAAUUGUAACCCUUAUCAUUUAAUUUGCUGUGUGGUUUUAUAUAUAAAAGUAAUCUAUGUGAUUAUCCAUUCUGUAAACAUUUUGCUUUUCAUGUCGUAUGCCACUGUCUAUGUAAAAUCAUUAAUAAACAUUAUUAUACUAUUAA